AUGGAUAUCAGGGAGCAGGUUGAUAAUGAAUUGCGAAGUAUUGCAGCUACAACUCUCCCAGAAUCAGUUAAGAAGAAUAUUGAAAAGGUGUUAUUUGCAUUAAAAUCAAAUGAUUCUUCUUUUCAUAUUUCAGAAUCUGAUGAUCCAUUUAUCAAUGUAUAUACAGACAUAUCAAAACAGAAAAAGAAUGUAAAUGAGUAUAUCAAUCUUAUAUCUGUCAUCAAACUCUUGAUUGAAAGUUCAAUUCUCGAUGGAACUGCACUUCAAAUUAUUUUAACAGAUAUUUUAGAACAAAUACAAACGGGAAAUGAUAGUUAUUGUCUCAAAGUUCUUCAAGUUGCAUUAUCUUUGUUUUCUUCCCAAGUUGGAAAAAUCGAAGAUCGUAUUUCUUCAACAAAAUGCAUUUUGAAGCUGAUAAAUUCUUCAUCAGAGUUAGUAAAGCAAGUAUCAAUAGCUACUUUUCAUCAAUUGAUAGAUGUAACUUUUGAUCAAUCAAAAUCUCAGCAUCAAGGCUUAAAUUUAUCACAAUCUAUAUCUCAAGAGCUUAAAUUAGAUGAAACUAGCAAGGAAACAAGCAAAACUAUCGAAACAUUUGAAGUUGAUGAAAAAACUCACUGGUCAAUCAUUUUCUCCAUCAAUUUAAUCAACGACAUCAUUACAUCUUUCCAAAAUGGAUCUCCUAAGACCUUUUCCAAUGUGUUUAAACUUGAAUCUGUUCGUAAUUUACUUCCUGACUUCUUAAAGCACAUAUUAGACAAGAAUUUCGUAUUAUUAAGCCAUUACAAUACAGAAUACAAUAAAAUUAUCGACCAAUUAAUGAAGUAUUUGUCAAAUCAAAAAGAUAAUUUAAUUUUCUUACGAUUUGUACCAUUUGUCAUCUUCUAUUUGACAAAGAAAGAUGUUCAGACAGCACAGAAACUUACAAUAAAGGUCACAAAGCUUAUAGAUACAGUUCCAAUCGCGUUUUGUACAUUAAAAACAAUUUUUUUGUAUAAUCCAGGCGAAAUAUUCACAUUAUUAAGCGGAGAACAGCUCGUGGUCAUUACAAAGAAAGCCUGUAACUAUAUUCUCAGUAAUUUCAAAGGACAAUUUUCAAAUUCGAUUAUUGUCUUCGGAAAAAACAAACCAACAGUAGAAUCGUAUGAUACAGUAUCUGUAUCGUCUAGCGAGAUCAUUAACUCAUGCGUAUCCUUGAUUUAUAUUCAAAUUCCUCAAUGUAUCCUUCAUCUUGAGCAUUUUGACCAAAUUUUUGAAUCUUUCGAGACAAUAUGGCAGCGGGUGGUUGCUCUAACAGAAAACCAGCAAACCCUGUUGACAUCUCUUAAAAUUUCGAGAUUAGCCGUAAAAAUUGCAGUUGCACGGUCACAGAGCGAUCCAAUCAACAGAAUUGUAUCAACACUGUGCGGAAUAUCACUACCACAGUCAUCAGCGUAUUCUAUGACCCUAAAAUCCGUAAUUUCGCUGAGUUCUAUCACGAGAUUAUUGAAAUCUUUGACUUAUCGCAUAAUGAGGUUCUGGCCUUUGCUUCUCGAGACCAUCUCCAAGUGCCACCACACGGCAUCCCACAGGAGAUCUCCUGCGGACAUCCAGGCUUUGAGUUUAAUUUCUUCGGACAUUUUGGAUUUUUCAAUUGAAUUAACAAAUGAGAGCUUUACAAAUCUAUUCAAAAUUAUUGUAAAGCUUUCCGAUGACGAAUCGAUCUCAUUUGUUAAAAACAAUGGUACUGUACCUAAUUUCUGGCCAUUAAAAUCAUUAAGUCUUCUUUUCAUACAAAAUAUCUCCAGAUCCGAGCUAAUUGAAGAGAAAUACUUCGGCCAUAUCAAAACUCUCAUAGAAUGUGAGUCCAAAGAGUUCAGAACACAAGCUACUUAUGAACUUUUCGAAGUUGGAAAAUCUAUGAUCGAAUUUCCUUCGAGUUCCGAGAAAUGCCGCCAGAGCAUCUUCGAUUUCAUACAUCUGACCACUUCCUCAUCGCACAAGGACGUCAGCGUCGCCAGUUUUUCGUCAUUACUUAAUUUUCUUUCAGGAAAAACUUCCGACCAAAUAAAAGACGGCUGGCCACUUAUAUUAACCACACUCAAAGCUGUUUGGACGACUCCUUACAACGACAACAUCGCAAAUGGUUUCAGAACUCUCAAUUUUGUUUGCAGAGACUGUUUGCGAUUAAUUGGUCUAAAAAGUGCCGAUGUUUUGAUGUCCACUGUCAGUUCAUUCAUUUCCCAGGAAGAGGACAUUAAUACGGCAUUGGGGAGUGUUGGAUUAUUCUGGGAUAUAGGAAGUGGAAUGGUUCCUGUUGAAAACGAAGAAACAAAGAAAGGAUGGAAGAUUUUGUUCGAAGUUUUGGAGAAAUAUUUCUACGACAAAAGACAAAAUGUUUCCAUAGCAACACUAGACACUUUCUUCAAUCUCUGCUCAACAUUCAACCAACAGUUCCCUGAUGAUUUGAAGAAAUUCGUGAAUGAAGAAAUUUUGUCACCUUUAUUUGAAAAAAUUUUGGAAAUUUGUGAAGAUAAAAACCAAAGUUUGGCCGACCAAAUUGACGCUUUCCUUCUUUCUUUACAAAAUGGAAUACAAACAUUAGUUUCUCUUGGAAAUUACCAAAAAGUGAUGCCGAUUAUUGUAAAGACGAUAGAAAAAAUUUCAAUGCGAACAGAGAUACAAACGAAAUCAAGUGACUGUCUGAAGAAUUUCAUUUCUUUGUGUGCGAUAAAUGACAAUUUACUGAUACAUGAAGUGAUUAAAAGUUGUGACCAAAUUCUGACAAAACUGACACAAAACGUGACAGUUAAUAACAACCACAUACAAGUAUUAUCGAAUGUUAUGGCCGAGAUACUUCCAAAUGUAUGUUCGAAGAUAGAUGACAGUGAUUUCUGUUUAGUUUUAGGAAUUUUGGAUUUGUUUUGCACUUUUCAGUUGGAAAAAAAUUUCCUGAAUUUGGCAAUACAUGUUACAUUGAAUUCCCUUUCAAACUACAAGGAUUUGAGCGAGCAGAGACUGAGCUUGAUUGUACAAAUGCUUCUAAGUUUGAUCAGUUUGAAACACACGAAUUUGACAUUGAAAGUUUUCGAAGUUUUACAACUUUUGUAUGAAAAAUUGUUUUCAUUCGAAACAAGAUCUAAGUGUUUCGAACUAGUACUGCCAAUGUUCUUAAGAUAUCUACCACAAUCAGACGCUUACAACUGUCUCAAGAAAAUUUUGGAAUUCGAUGUAAAUUUGUCACUUUUUAUGAUGAAAGAAAUAAAUGUUCGAAGAUUAGUUGAUUUAGGCCGAAGAUUCAAUGAUUUCAAAGGCCAAAUACUAGAGAGAACUGUCAACUACAUGUACUUCAUACAGCCAAAAGUGUUCCCUAUUUAUUUGUCUCUUUCUGAUAAUUUAGUUUACAUAUCGUAUUUUAAUGAAAUUUGCCAUGUAAACUCGUCAGAAGAGAAAAUUAAAUUUGCUAUUGCAACUAAGAGCGAUGUUUAUUCUUCGCUUGCAGAGCAGUUUAAUUUAAUCAUUUCUGAAGAAAAAAGCUUGGGAACAAUACUUCCAAAAUCUAGAUAUGAAGGUGUGCUUGUUUUCUUAGAAAAAGUGACAGAAAUUAAGACAGAUGAUAGAAUAUUUGGUCUGACAGAUUUUGAUAAUCAAAGUCAUUUGUUUUUGAUGGUUGAGAUGAUGAUUAAACUGACUGAAUCUAAAUCAGGAGGAAUAAGAAAAGCUGCACAGAAAAUCAUACAAAUUGUUAAUGAAAAGACAAAAGAGAAGCUUAUUACUAACUAA